UUGGUAAACUUGAAAUUCCAUGCAUGUUGAAGACACCUACCUGUGAGACUGUAGUAUUGGUGAAACUGAUACAACGAGCUGCACUUUGUAAAAAGUUUGGCAAGGAAAUACUCUUUAAUAUUAUUGUACAUGAAGGACUUUGACUCCUCGUUUGAAGGGGAUUGUGAAAGUGAAGAUAGCACUUUUGGAAAAUCUUGGAUCUGGUCGCAAACCAUGAACUAUGUUGGACAAUGGCUGAUAACAGUCAAAGAACUGUACAGGGGGUUAAAUCCUGCAACGCUCUCGGGAUGUAUAGAUGUCAUUGUGGUGCAACAACAAGAUGGCACUUACCAGUGUUCUCCAUUUCAUGUUCGGUUUGGAAAGCUUGGGGUGCUUCGGUCGAAGGAAAAUGUGAUUGACAUCGAGAUUAAUGGCGACCCUGUUGAUCUGCACAUGAAGUUGGGCGAUAAUGGAGAAGCAUUCUUUGUACAAGAAGAAAAUGAAGAAGUUCCUCCUCACUUGGCCACCUCUCCCAUCCAUACGGAAGAAGGACAGUUCUUCAAGGAAAUGAAGUUGGAGAAACCUGGAACUGAUCUGAGGGAGGGGCAGAACUUGGAGAAUGUUGUUCAGGGCGCUGGCCCAGAGACUAUAUGUUCCGGCUCGGGAAAGAAGAAGAAACGACGCAAGAAAAAAAUUAAACCUGAAGAUAUAUUUGAAAUGGACUUGAGUUCUGAGGAAGACAAGCCGGUACACUCGUCCAGGGGAUCGAUAUAUUCUUCUUUGAAGGAAAAUGACUUGAAAGAAUCUCCAGCUUUUCACCAUGAGGUCACUUACCCACAUUCUGAUGGUGACUUGUAUCCAACUGAGAGUACAUCCUAUUCCCAGCCUGCUUCUCCUAAAAGUGAUUCGGAGUUGAUGGUGAAACCAACUGAGUUACUGUUGUCCGAGUCCCACAUGCAGUGGUCUUGGGGAGAGUUUCCCGAGUCAACAAGGGUAAAUAAUGUUAAUAAAAUAGAGAAACUGGAACAACUAAGAGCCUUCACGAUUACACCAUCUGAAAAGACUCACUUCAGGGUUAUCCUCAGCUCUGAUGCCAUGAAUGUAGAUGUGACUGAUGGGGAAAGCACAACUCAUACUUUAGUAAAACCUGAGCCUCGAUCACAUGUGAGCAAUAGCCAAACAGUUAUUGACAACACAGAUGAAUCCUCAAAGGAAAUUCCCAAUGAAGCACUUUCACAACCCGCACCUCUACAGAGUGUCCCAGCAACUACAACUCCUGUAGUACCUCAGAUGGACAGCUUUGCUACAGAUCUUGGAAUGGAGCCUCCAGUUAUUGCAAAGUUAGAUUCUCCAUCAAAGAAAAAAGGUCUUCAUAAACGAAGUCAGCACCAAGGACCUGAAGACAUUUAUUUGGAUGAUCUGACUGUGUUGGAACCAGAAGUUGCUGCUCGUUAUUUUCCUAAAAGUGAGUUUGACAGCAGUUCUAAACAAUGGACUGAAUCAGAUGUGCAAUCUGCUUCUCACUCCCCACAGUUGGUGGAGAACGUGGCAAUGGACAGUGGCACUGAAUGUCCCUAUGAUUCGCCCUCUGACUUACCAGAUCUUGUGUUCUCGCUCUGUGGGGGACUAAGUGAAAAUACUGAGAUUUCCAAAGAGAAAUUUUUGCAACAUGUUGUUACAUAUCAAGAAUUUGCUGAAAAUCCUGGAAUUAUAGAUGAUCCUAAUAUUGUUCUAAGAAUUAAUAACAGGUACUAUAACUGGACAUUGGCUGCACCCAUGAUUCUCAGCAUGCAAGCUUUCCAAAAGUGCCUACCCAAGAAAACAAUUGAUGACUGGGUAAAAGUGAAGAUGCCAAAGAAGUCUGGCAGGUGGUGGUUCUGGCGCAAAAGAGACAGUACUGUCAUACAGCCUGAAACACAAGAAAAACUGAAUGACGCCAACAAACCUGAUCAACUCCGAAACACUGUCACCAGCAGAUCCAAGGAAGAGGGUUCUUCUAGUGAUGAAGACCCAACUCAACCAAAUGAACCAGCAGCAAAUGAUUCAAAACAUACUGAGAACCCCACUCAGGGAUACUCUGUUUCCUACAAGAAGUCUCUGCGGUUAUCUUCGGAACAAAUUGCAAGUCUUAAACUGAAAGAGGGGCCAAACGAUGCAGUCUUUAGUAUAACAACACAGUACCAAGGUACCUGCCGCUGUGAAGGAACGAUAUACCUCUGGAAUUGGAAUGACAAAGUCAUCAUAUCUGAUAUUGAUGGAACAAUUACUAAGUCUGAUGCUUUGGGACAAAUCCUUCCACAGCUGGGCAAGGACUGGACCCACCCAGGGAUCGCAAAGCUUUAUCACAAGAUACACGAGAAUGGCUACAAAUUUCUUUACUGUUCAGCACGUGCGAUUGGCAUGGCAGACAUGACGAGAGGGUAUUUGCAUUGGGUGAAUGAUAAAGGAACAAUCCUUCCUAGAGGACCUGUACUGCUGUCCCCUAGCAGUCUCUUUUCAGCUCUUCACAGAGAAGUAAUAGAGAAGAAACCAGAAAAAUUUAAGAUAGAAUGUUUGAAUGACAUCAAAAGUCUGUUUAAUGUUUACCACCAUCCUUUCUACGCUGCUUUUGGGAACCGACCGAAUGAUGUUUGUGCCUACAAGCAAGUAGGAGUCCCAGACUACAGAAUUUUUACAGUUAAUCCUAAAGGCGAACUAAUACAGGAGCAAACCAAGGGCAAUAAAUCUUCGUAUAUGAGGUUGAGUGAGCUCGUUGAACAUGUCUUUCCUUUACUAAAUCAGGAACAGUGUUCUGCUUUUAUUUAUCCAGAAUACAGCCACUUCAACUAUUGGCGAGAUGUGCUGCCAAGUAUCAAUAUGGAAGAACUUAAUUAGAAAUUAUAUUCAUUGAUUUCUUGUCAAAGAAAUCCCAAGUACUUUUCAUACUUUUCCAAAAGUCUGGUUCGGGUAUAGAUUAAAGAUAGCUAUGUUUAUUUUAUGUACUGAUUCAAUUGUUGUAUAAGCAUGAAUAUGCAGUUAAUACCAGCACAAUUCUCAGGAAUAUUGUCUAGUGUUCAUUUUACCAACUGGUUGCAGCAGAAGGAAAAACAUGAUUUUAGUCAUGUGCCGUCUAUAUGCAAAAACAUUGCACAUACUGUUCGCACUCUACUCUCAUCAUUCCAGUUGCUACUUCUAGUAACUUUUUAAAACAUCAUGGUUUAGAUUAGAGAUUCCUCAGUGUCUUGAAAGUGAUAAUGCCAGGAAAAUGGGCUCAAUCUGUUGAAUAUAAUGGAAUCAAACAAUAACUAAAUUGCCGUUACAUCUUGUGUAACAGUCUGAUUCAUAUUGCAAAACCUAAUGCUAUAUGGUGCUGCUUCAUCUGUGGUGUUAAUGAAUGCCAAUUUUGUAUUGUGAUUUCAAUUGUUUUUUGUUUUUUUAAAUCAAACAAAUUGCACUUCCAUCCCUGUAAAUCAGAUCUAAAUGGUACCUGAUCACUUAAAUAGAAGAGAAAAGAUGUAGGUGUAACCUGACAAUUCUUACAACGGCUGGCUAAUUGGGUGGAGGCAGGCUAUUUGUAACUUUAAAUGUAUUUUGUAACCUAUUGCCAUAAUGUCAUCUAUUCUCUCAUGAAUACCUUUCAUUGAUUUAAAAUAAAAUGUCAGCCAUGUUCCAGCAGCACAGGAAGGAUUUUGCAUGAAGGCAUUUCACAUUGCAGCAAGUGAUUCUUUCUGUGAAAGAUGUGGAUUAGUGUGUUAUGACAACACGUAUGAAAAGAUAAUUAUACUGUUUAAAGUGCUUACAUUGGUUGUAUUAUACUGGGUGAAAGGAAAAUAGCAAUCAUAUUUCUUAGAUUCAGUGUUCUUCACUUUAAACUAUUUGUGGUUAUAUCUGGAAAUAUCUUCAUUUGUUCAAGUGGUAAGAAAUAAUGAACUUUGUAUUUGUCACUCAACCCAAGUCAAUUCUAAGGGGCUUUCUACUAAUGAUCAAUUAUAAUCCUGGUACGAGGUUUACACAAUGUACUAAAACCUGUACACAUUUUGAUGAAGUAGUAAAUUAAACACAUCUCUGUAUAGUUUUCAAAUUAAGAAAUUAUACACUUAGUGACAUUGUGUUGAAAAUACAGUAUUGUUAUGUUUCUGAUAAUGGAAAGUAUUUGCACACCCCUUAUCAAGAGAAAGUCUGAGCUGAAAUUUGAUUUUGUUGUGUCAUUUAUGAAACCCGUUGUGGGUCAACCUUGGAUUUUAGUGAUUGUAUGUAUGGCAGAAUGUGUACUUAUUAUUAACCAUGUUUAAUACAAUCUUCAUUCCAUGUGUGUAUGUACACAUUCUUGGUGGGUCAUGGAAUAAAUAUAACAUCAGAAAUCUUGUA